AUGAAUUUGAAAACUUGGAUUACUGUGUUUAUUGCAGUAGCUCAAAGUGCUACAGUCACUGUGACCAGUACAGGCGACUUCAGAAUCGGUGGUCUCGUCACCACUGCUCCUGCUGGCACAACGGCCGCCGCAACAGUGGCAACCACCACAACUUAUGCUGGAGGAGUCUACGAGGUUGAUAUUGCAAGCGAGGAUGGUCAUGAUGAUCACGACCAUGAUGAGCAUGACGAUCACGACCAUGAUGAGCAUGACGGUCAUGACCAUGGCAGUGCCUCUACCACAGCAACUGGGCAAACUACUGCUGUUACAGAUUGUCACUUCCACGAAGAAACACAGUACUGCGUUAACGGUGACAAGGCUGAAGGUUAUAUUGUUCCUGCCCCUACGGAAACUAGUAACGCACCAGAGGAAUACACCGGCUGUCACUCUCACGGUGCCGAAACUUAUUGUUUGAGAGAGGAUGGAGAUGAAGUCCAAUUUGUUUCCCUAGGAGCUGAAGCCAGCAGCGAUGAACAGGAGGAUGCUGCUGAGUUUGGAGGUGCUGUAGGUGUUACAUGUCAUUUCCAUGCUGGUGUGGAACACUGUGUUGAUGCAAACGGUAAUACUGUCAACAGAAGCGGAGCUAGUGCAUGUAGUGCCCCAGACCAUGAUUACAAUAUUCCCCUUAGAAUCGGAUGUCUGUUUGCCAUUCUAGCUACAAGUGCAAUAGGUGUCUACCUUCCUAUCCUAACAAAUAAGUUCCUAAAUUUCAGCUUGACUGGUGUGAUCUUCACAGGUUUCAGACAGUUUGGAACAGGUGUGAUUAUUUCGACCGCAUUUGUGCAUUUAAUUACCCAUGCUGAAAUGAUGUGGUCUAAUGAGUGUAUGGCUCCACUUGACUAUGAAGCUACUGGUACCUCAAUUACCAUGGCUGGUAUUUUCCUCUGUUUUGCUAUAGAAUAUUUCAUUAAAAGAAUUGCUCUAGCCAGACUCAAGAAAGCAGAUGCUGAAAACGCCCAAGAAGAAAUCGAAGUGACUGACGAAAAUCCAAAAGAGAACGAGCUAAGUGAUUCUUCGUCUUCUCUAGAAAGAGGUGGAACCGUGCCUGUUCCACCACUCAGCAGAAAAAUUUCCGUUAUUAUGUUGGAAGCCGGUAUUAUUUUCCACUCCAUCCUACUUGGUGUCACAUUGGUAGUUGCUGGUGAUUCUUUCUUUAUUACACUGUUCAUCGUUAUCAUUUUCCAUCAAAUGUUUGAGGGUUUUGCCUUGGGAACCAAGAUUGCCGAACUGAAUAUGGUCUCACUCUGGUAUAAACUCCUUAUGGCUCUUGCUUUUGCCCUUAUUACUCCUAUUGGUAUGGCAAUUGGUAUUGGCGUGUUGAGUAGAUUCAAUGGUAAUAGCUCUUCAACGUUGAUUGCGUUGGGUACUCUUGACUCUUUCUCUGCUGGUAUUUUGAUCUGGACCGGUUUGGUAGAGAUGUGGGCCGGUGACUGGAUAUAUGGAGCAUUAGUCAACGCCAACUGGCUGAACACAACCGUUGGAUUUCUAUCUCUUAUUGCUGGUAUGAUACUGAUGAGUGUGCUUGGUAAAUGGGCAUAA